AUGGCAUCUCAUACAGCCAAGCUCUUCCAACCUUACCGUCUCGGAGGCAUCGGAGCUCUUUCGUCUCGCAUCAUCAUGUGUCCGCUGGGGCGCUGUCGAGGCGACGAAGAGCACAAUCCUGGCGAGUUGGCCAUCGAGUACUACUCCCAGCGUGCGAGCCCGGGCACUCUCAUCAUCGGCGAAGCUACCAUCAUCGCCAAAAAGGCUGGUAGUUGGCCGUUACAGCCGGGUAUCUGGAGCGAGAGACAGAUCGCGGAGUGGAAGAGGAUCACGGAUGCGGUGCAUGCAAAGGGCGGUCUGAUAGUGUGCCAGCUGUGGGCCUUGGGACGUGGUGCCAAGUUCGAGGCGAACGAGGCCGAAGGGAUCGAGUACAUCGGCGCUGGAUCCACCGCGAGGACGGGUAUGCCGAAACCGCACGCAUUGACAACCGAGGAGGUCAAAGAGUAUGUGCAGCUGUUCGGUACCGCGGCCAAGAAUGCCAUUGCAGCUGGUUUCGACGGCGUCGAAGUCCAUGCUGCCAACGGUUACCUCGUGGACCAGUUCUUCCAGACGCAUAGUAACAAUCGCACAGACGAGUACGGCGGUAGCGUUGAGAACCGUAUUCGGUUCGGCCUUGAGGUUGCAGAUGCCAUCGCUGGGGCCAUCGGAGCGGAGAGGUGCGCGAUGAGGAUUUCGCCGUGGGCUAACUACUAUGACAUGGGUAUGCCUGACCCGUUGCCUACUUUCGUCACCUUCGCCUCGCGCUUGGCUGAGAAGCACCCGAACUUCGCGUACCUUCACGUCUGCGAGGCAGAUGAGCCACAAGCCAAGACCUCCGCAGGCGUGCUACAGUCAAACGAGCCGAUUCGUAAAGCUUGGGGUCCUCGAACAUAUGUCACUGCCCGCUGUUAUACUCGGGAACGCGCCAUUGAGGCUGCAGAGAAGGACGACUACACCCUCGUAGGUUUCGGCCAGAAGUUCCUCGCCAAUCCGGAUCUUGUCCGCCGUCUGAAAGAGGAUCUGCCGCUCAACGAGCCGGAUGAGGCGACGUACUACGUCGGUGGUGCUCGCGGUUACGUGGAUUAUCCGUUCGCCUCUUCUCCAGCAGUCACACCUUCAGUCGAAGUUCUUGCUUAG